AUGUCAGCCAGAAAGGGCUAUCUUCUCCCUUCGCCAAAAUACACCACAAUAAUGUCAUGUUCGGACACUCCGUCAGGAAAUGCGUUUUUAGUGGAUUCUCUGAUCAGUGGCCGCAGCGAGAGCGCCGGAGGUCACUACACAGGGAGCGCGGUGUGCGUGCCCCAUAGCGCUGCAGCUGCUGAAGUGCCUUACGGACUACACAACUAUGGAUACUUCGCAGGUGUGGGUAAGCGGGGCGAGGUGGGUCCCCAGAACAUGAUUACCGGCUCGGGCGCGUACAUGUCUAGUAUGGAGAUGUGGAUGGACGCGCAGAGGUCAUGUCGUAUGGACCAAGAGCACCCGGCGGGUCCUCAGGUCGCGCCCUGCUCGUUCCCGCAGAACAUUAAGGAAGAAAGCACAUACUGCCUGUAUGAGCAGCCCAAAUGCCCUAAAGCGUCCACCGCCGAGGAUCUCACAUAUUCGAGGUUAACGACAACCGGCCUCGGUUCGACUUCUUGUACAGUUACCGAUGGCGGCGGCGGUGGAGGUGGUGGUGGCGGGGGCUCAGUGCCUGUGCCGGGCUACUUCCGCUUGUCUCAGACGCACGCACAUUCUCAUAAACUUUACAACACCAACGGCCCCCAGCCGAACCCUUCCCAUUCUCAUUUUGGCCUACACCCCGCUGCUCCAGCUCGCUUCCACACGCCACCGACUCCGACUUCUGCUCCAGCCACGGCGCAGGAAGGGAGGAAUACCGAGGAGCCCGCGUCCUCGGGAAACGCAGACCUGCAACCUCACCCUGGACCGGGGACUGAGGAGGCACGCGAGUCCUCGGAUGCAGAAGCCUCCUCGGGUGACGAGACGGAAGACCAUGACAAAGACAGACCAACAAAAGCUUCUAAAGGUAACCACUCUUCAUCCUAGGUGUGGUCGUGCACUGCUGUUUUGUUUGCAUGCAGCACAGGUAGACACUUUUUUGAAUGGCACCUGUUCAGUACCUUUAAAAUGUUUGUACUGCAGAGACAAGUCUAGGCACAGGUAGAGAAACUCUACUGUAAUGCUUCGUCUUACACUUUUGUAUCAUCAGCUUUUGGCUGAAUUUAAAUUACAUUUAUGUGCACCAUUACGGGCGUCAAGACAAUGCGUAAAACUGAAAAAUACGCCCAAAAUAUAGAAUAUAGCUACAUUUGGUACGGCAACAGUACAACUUCUAAACAGAUGGUAAAAUAUUAUUUUUAAAUAAAUACCUGAGGAGACAUUAUGUACCAACCACAUGCCUUAGCUAGUUUUUGUAUUGAGCGGCGCGUAAAAGGAACACAUAUUAGGCCUACAUGUGAAGUGUUCCUAUGAUCAUAUUUUUCUGUGCCAUGAUAUUUAAAUUUAUUCUACAUUUUACAAAACACUCAUAUUUUUGUGUAUCAGACUGCUGUAAAAAACAGACCACUAGGAUUAUUGCGAUUUUGCAAAUAUUUCAUUGAUUCUAUCUAUGAAUAAUAUUUUACGCAUAAAACUGACCGCAUGACACACUUGAACCACAACACACUUUUCGCAUAACACACACACACACACACACACACACACACACACACACACACACACACACACACACACACACACACACACACACACACACACACACACACUAUCCCUAAUAUGAUAUUGCAGAUUGCAGUGCGUAAAACCAUCUUAUCUUCCAUCUUCUCCAGGGGACACAAAAAGUGAAAACACAGCCACUUGGUUGACAGCGAAAAGUGGCCGGAAGAAACGCUGUCCAUACACCAAACACCAGACACUGGAGCUAGAGAAGGAGUUCCUCUUCAACAUGUACCUGACCCGAGAGCGCCGCCUAGAGAUCAGUAAAAGCGUCCACCUGACUGACAGACAGGUUAAGAUCUGGUUCCAGAAUCGCAGGAUGAAACUGAAGAAAAUGACACGGGAGAACAGGAUCCGGGAGCUCACCUCCAACUACGGAUUUUCGUGAUGAACGAGGUGAUCACAUUGAAAUAGAAGAAAUUGGGUGAAAUCAAUGGCACCCUAUACCUCCCUCUCCACUAUGUCCGCAUUAAUGACUCAUUUCACUGUGGGGUACAACUCAUUUUAUUAGCAGACACAGUCAGUGCAUCGUCCUCUGUGGGCUACCGAGGAAAGGAAAAAGGAAAUACUGAAAGUUGUGGGUAACAAUUGAUUUUUAUGACGUGUUUUUGUAUUGUAGACUUGUUCCUGUGUGUUGGGUAUUGUCAGUGGAGUUAAAUGAACUUAAAAAAAAACUGCAACAACAGAGAGGAGGCAUAAUUCUUCCACAUUCCCCCCCAUUAUUACAAACUAUCUUUUUGAAUUAAAUUUAAUCUGAAAAUAUCAACCUGUUUAUGAAAUUGGAAUUGCAUGAUUUAACGUUUCCUACAUUUAAAAGAAUAUAUUUUAACCCCUAUGGAAUAUAACGCCCAUGUAUCACCAAGGCGAGAGUAAUUCACAUAUGAACAUUAGCUGUAGUUUCCCAUGAAUUUGAUCUAAAAUGUGUACGAGCUAAAGAAAGAUCUGAAACCUCUAUUGACGUCGAGGACGUUCACACGAAAAUGAUGCGCCAAGAGAAG